AUGCCCCCCACCACCCACGUACCCAUCACCCGUACCCCCCGCCGUGCCCCCCCCGCAGGCCCCGGCCGGACCCGGAGCCGCUGCACACCAGCUUCAACAACCCCGCUUACUACGUGCUCGAGGGGGUCCCGCACCGGCGCCGCGCCUGCAGCCCCCCCGCGCCGCGGGACGGGAGCUCCGAGGACGAGGACGCGCUCAACCUCCCCCCGCCCGACUUCCCCCCGCCGCCGCUGCCAAGGGACGUGGCCAAGGAGCCCCGGCCGGGAGGAGCCGCGGCCCCGGCCCGGCCCCACCGAGGGGCUCCCCCCGCGCCUGCAGCCGGGCCCCGGCGCCGCCGACGGCUCCUGCUCCGUGCUGCAGAUGGCGAAGAGCCUGAGCGAGGAGGAGUUCGGGGCCGGCCCGCGCCUGCCCCACGAGCACGGGCGCGCGGGGGCCGCCUUCCGCACGCACCCCAUCAGGGAGAGCAUCCAGGAGGAACUGGCCGAGGAGGCGGUGGGUGCCGGGGGUGCUGUGGGGGUCUGGCUGCGCGCCCUGGGGCUGCAGAGGUACGAGCAGGGGCUGGUGCACAACGGCUGGGACGACCUCGAGUUCCUCAGUGACAUCACGGAGGAGGACUUGGAGGAGGCCGGAGUGCGGGAUCCGGGCCACAAGCGGGGUCCUCCUGGAGAGCCUCCAGCUCCGCAAGUAGCUGGGAUCCCCCAUCCCGGCAGCAUCCUGGAUCCUGGAUCCUGCAUCCUGGAUCCCGCAUCCUGGAUCCUGCAUCCUGGAUCCCCCAUCCCGGCAGCAUCCUAG